CGUUGUCAGCAGCACGCGAUGCCGGGCCCUGCGGCGGCCAGUUCCAUUUCCCAGUCGUUGACUGGAACUCGGGCGCGGCUGCUGCAGCAGCGAUGACAGGAGCUGCUACGACACUGGCGCCGGCACCGCCGGGUCCGCCGCAGCCGCACCGGCUGCUGCCGCCGCUGGUGGAGGGCGUGGCCUACAAGAACACGCGGGUGGCGGGUGUGGUGGUGCGGCGGCGCCUGGCGCUGCUGAGGCCGCCCGGCGCCAUGCCCUCGCCACUAGCAGCCGCUGCAGGCGCCGGCAGCACCAUCACUGCCGCCCCCGGCGUAGCGGUCGCGAACCGCAACGGUGGAGUCGCCGGCAAUGUCAGCGGGGCUGGGGCGCGCAGCACUGGCAGCAGGACUGGCAGCACCAGCACCGGCACAAGCGGCACCAGCGGCAUCCCACGCGCGCUCAUCACGUGCCACGCCCCCGACCUGUCCGCUGCCGAGCAGCCGCCCAAGGCCGUGACGCGCUGGGUGCUGGACGCCGGCUGCGCCCUGCGGCCGACGGGGGCGGGGGCGCUGGUGGCGGCGGGGCCGAUGCGGAGGGGCUUGCGGCGGUCGGGGACGUGGGCGCUCACGGCGGCGCUCCACGGCACCUCCACACACGUGCUGCUGUACGAGGUGACCAUUGAGUGGCCGCCCGCCUGGGCCGCCUCAGGCUACACCUCCCUCACCCUGGGCUGGGAGAGCCCGGAGGAGGCGGCGCACUGGCACACCCUGCUGGCGGCAGUGCUGCGCGCGCUGCGGGCCGCACGAGCCCAGCGACAGGCGGAGGUGCAGCAGGAGCAGGAGCAGGCGCAGGCGCAGGCGCGGGGACACGGGCAGGAGCAGCACGGGAGGAGCGGUGGCGUUGGGGGUGCUGCUGUUGCAGCUGCACCAUCCAUCAGCGCAGCAGUGGCGGCAGCCGCAACGGAAGCAAGCGCUGCGGCGCUGCAGUUGAGCGCUGUGCUCGCAGCCGCUUCGGCCAGGGACGUCAGCAACGGAAGCGGCGGCACCGGCGGGCUGAGUGGCCGUGACUUCACCCCCAGCGCCCUGCCGGGUGUGGCCGCCAGCAGCGGAAUGGGAGGCAGGCCCCGCGGCCCGCCCUGGGGCCGGCCGCAGUCCAGCGGCGCGGCGGCCCAUGCGGCACGGGACCAGCAGCCCAGCUAUAACUACAUGUCAGCUGUGAGCCGGGAGGGGCCCGGUGACGAGGACGAGCAGGAGGAGGCUGCGACGUCGGAGGCAGGGGCAAGCAGCAGCGCUAGCAGUGUCAGUGACUUGAGCAGGGAGGCGGCGGCAGCCGGGGGCGAGGAGGACGACGGCGUGACGCACUGGGGGUGUGAGGAGGCGGGUCCGGGAGGCGAGCCGGGUGACAGCGCUCCCUGGGUGCCGUACAGGCUUAGCAACGGCGUCGCCAUAUACCGACACAGCGUGCCGCAGGAAGCAGCCGGCACGACUGGGGGGGCGGGCGCUGGUGGGGCCGGCGCUGGCGGCACCGGCGGGGCGCACGAGUACAUGGUGUCGUGCGUGAUCCGCGGCCGGCCGCAGCGUGUGGCCGACGCGCUGCUGCGGCUGCGAGCCAACACCACCAUCCUGGGGCCGGCGGAGGCGGCGGAGGUGCUGCAGCCGGCGGACAAGGACAAAGAGGCGGCAGCAACGCCAGGGGCAGCGGCAGCGGUGGACACCAGCGGCCAGGGCGGCGCGGGGCCGUCAGCAGGCGUCGAUGCAGCUAGCAGCGGUGGCAGUGGCGGCCCGCAUCCCGGUGCACAGGUGCUGCGUGUGGUGCUGUGCGCGGGCGGCGCGGCGGGAUGGUGCUGUGCGCCGCGUGAGCUGGUGGUGGAGGUGCUGCGGCGGGACGCGGGCGAGGGUGUCAUUAUGGUGCUGUUCAAAUCCGUGGAUCCGCCCAGCGGCCUAGCAGGGUCCCGCAGUGGCCAGCAGCAGCUGUACGGGCGGGGCCUGUACCGGCGGCCGGUGCGCGGCAGUGUGGCGGGCGGCUACACCAUUGCGGGGCUCAAGGGCAAGGGCACGCACUCGGAGGAGUCCCUGGUCACCUGCAUCAUCAAGAUCGACCUGGGCGGCGUGUGCGCGGACAAGUCGUGGGCCCGGCCGCUGGUGGCCCUGGCUGGCUGGACGGACGCGUUCCUGGAGCGCAUCCUCAUGUCCGUCACGCUGCUGCGAGACGAGGUGGAGCAGCGGCGCUUCACGGUGCAGCCGUUCAAGAUGGUGUCGUCGGCCAAGGCCAGGUUCAACGAGGCGGGGCGGCUGGUCGUGGGAGAUGGCGAGGCGCCAGCGCAGCAGCAGGAACAUGCGCCGCAGGCCUUCAUUGGUGGACUGGUCCGCAGCGGCAGACCGGCGCCGCCGUUGCCUCGCAUGGCCUCCCUCCGUCUCAUCUCCAUCCGGGGGCCGCCAGCGCCAACCGACGCCACCGACGCCACCGACGCCACUAACGCCGCCGCCACCGCCGCCGCCGCCGCCGCCAACACUGACCUGUACUCCGCCGCCGGCGGGCCCACUGCGACAGAGCUUGGCGGUCCUACUGCGCUGCUGGUGACUCAUGAGGGCGGCGCGCAGCAGGGAGAGAUGGCCCCGGCAUCCCCAGCAGCCGCUGCCGCUGCCGCUGUCGCCGCACGCGGAGCCGCCCCUGCUGCUGCACCCGGCGCAGAGGGCCAAGACGGCGCCGUCGCGGUGCCGCAGGCACCACUACCGACAUUCGGAGUAGGGGCAGCGGCGGCCGCAGCGGCAGCACAGGCGCCGCCCAACCGACCCAUCAUCCAGAUCCGGUCCCAACCCCAACCCCAACCCCAGCCCCAACCCCAACCCCAGCCCCCGACCCCGGCCCAGCCCCAGCCCCAGCCCCAGCAUCCGACCCAGACCCAGGGCACCGGCAGCCAUCAGCAGCUGCUGCAGCCUCCGUCGGCAGCAGGAACAGCACCCCCACUAGCAGGAGCACUGCCGUACACGCCGCCCUACGCCGCCGCCGCCACUGCCGCCGUGUUGGAUCUGCCGUACAUCCAGUCUCUGGCGCUGCUGCCGCGCAGCUGCUGGAGUGAGAUCCACGUGCCUGGCACCGACGCGCCGUUCCGGGUGCGCGGCCGUACCUACCUCAAGGAUCGCAAGAAGGUGCCGGCCGGGCUCCCCGCCUUCCGCCUGGGGGCGGUGGAGAUGGUUGUGCUGCCACCGCCCGGCACCGCCGUGGGAGACGAGGGCGGCGAUGGCGCGGGUGCUGUGGUGAGCGGCGGCGGCCGCCGUGGUGGUGGCAGCGGCACGCCGGGUGUGUUGCAGCACGUGGGCCGCUUCGUCCCGUCGGUGCGGCGCAGCGGCGCACCCUUCUCCAUCAUCAUCAACCUGGUCAUCCCUGGCUCGCCCCUCCUGGGAAUCCUGGCCGUGUUCUGCUGCGACAAGCACCCGUCCAUCCUGGGCAGCCCGCCCCAGAACCCCAUGGACGAGCCGCACGACUGGCAGCCCUUCGACUUCAUGCUGCACAAGUUCGUGUACGGCACAGAUGAGGAGCGCAACAAGACGCUCAAGCUCAUCCCGCACAUCGCCAGCGGCAGCUGGAUGAUCAAGCAAUCGGUGGGCACCACGCCCGUCAUCCUGGGCAAGGCGCUCAAGGUGUCGUACCACUGCACGCCCACCUACAUCGAGGUGGACAUCGACAUCUCCGCCAACAGCGUCGCCAACUACGUCACCGGCAUGGUGCGCGGAGCCACCAGCUCGCUCGAUAUCGACAUCGGACUUGUGCUGGAGGGCCGGGCUCCGUGGGAGUUGCCCGAGUGCCUGCUGGGCUGCUUCCGCGUGCACCGACUCAACACCACCAGCGGCGCCUCCCGCCUGGACUACAGCCGCGAGCUGCCGCUGCUACUGCCGGCAGCGGCAACCGUGGCCGGCCCUGCUACAGCUAAUGCAGCUGCGGCGGCGGGCGGCGUUGCGGGUGGCAGUACUACUAGAUUGCACAGCCCUUGACUGGGGGGUGGGCUGAUGGCUGUGUUGUACCUCGCAAGUGAUGGCUUUGGCUGCGUGAGGGAAGGAUGCGGAGCCUUCCCUUCCGUUUGUGUCACGUAGUACUAUGGUGGCAAGGGGUUUGCGGGCUCGUGCUGAGCGGCGGCAGCCAAACGUACGUGCACCCCUGCCUGUGCAUGUGUGUGGCGCGCGCCUUGUGGCCAUGAUGCGGUCGUCUUGUAGGGCCCAAUGGUGAGUCUCAUGCGCAAGGGCUCGUACACGAUGCAAUGUUCAGUGGGAACAGUUGCCUUGUGCGCAGGGCUCGCAAGCUGUAAGCUGCUGAUGUG